AUUCAGAAAGAUUUAUUGCAGGCCUGUGAGGGGUAAUCACACAACCUGUAACCUAACACACGAAUUCCAGCAGAUUCCUUCAUUUUGACAUUUAAAGACUUGCCAAUAGGAUUCAGGUCGAGUUGUCUUGGGGGAGUGGAGGCUGGAGUUGAUCAACACCUGGGAGGGAGGUUUCAGCGUGUUCAGGCAAGACACACUGCCUUGCUUUGCCUUUUCUUGAUUUUGUGAAGAAACCUCAGUGCACUUCCAAUUGCUAUAAGUGGCUGACAUUUGGAAGUGUUCUCCCGUCUUCUUCAUCUCCGAAAUGGCCCAUAAGAAGAAGUGAGACCGAAGAAGUUAAAUGAGAAUGCUGGACAAGGCCAACGGGGUUUUACAAAAGACACUGGCGGGAGAGAUCAGUGAUCAACAUGAACAGCAAUCUCAAGAUGAGAGGAAAGCAAUGCAGACGAGAACCUUCACCAGGUGGAUGAAUGUGUUUCUGCGGAGAAGUGAUCCUCCAGUUACGGUAAACGACCUGUUCGCAGACAUCCAGGAUGGCAGAAUACUGAUGACUUUGCUGGAGGAGCUGUCUGGGUGCAAACUACUCUACAGGUUUAGGUCGUCCCCUCACCGCAUUUUCAGACUGAACAACAUUUCCAAGGCCCUGGCUUUCCUGGAUGAUAGACAUGUGAAGCUGCUUGGCAUCGAUGCUUCUGGUAUCGCUGAUGGCGUCCCUUCUGUUGUUCUUAAUCUUGUCUGGAACAUCAUUCUGUAUUUCCAGCUAAAGGAGGUGACGGGAGGCCUCCAGAGGCAUUUGUCUUUGAGCCUCUCAUCCUUAUCAAUGAGCAGUUACCCCUCCACCAGUGACCUCUCACCCCAGCCAAAUGACAUUGGCAGCUACUCCUGCAGCACCCUGCCAAGCAAAGGCAGAAAGGCUGCCAGAGAGCCAAAGUACCAUGGGAAAGCAAUCAAGACUCUGCUGCAAUGGGUCCAAAGAUGCACAUCAAAGUUUGGGGUGGAGGUGUGUGACUUUGGCAAGAGCUGGAGGAGUGGGUUGGCAUUUCUAGCUGUGAUUAAGUCCAUAAACCCAGCUUUGGUUGACCUGAGGGAGAGGCUAUCUAGAGAGCCAAGAGAAAACAUCCAGCUGGCUUUCAUGAUAGCCCAUCACAGUUUGGAUAUACCACCUCUGCUGGAGCCUGAAGAUGUGUCAUGCACUUCACCAGAUGAGAAGUCAAUCAUCACCUAUGUGUCUAUGUUCCUGGGACAUUGUUCAGGCAUAGAUGAGGAUUGUACAAGAGGUAUUGGAGUUUCUGAGAUCCCAAAUUUUGGAUCACUUGAAUCCGUCAGCUUUGGGGAGACCCUUGCUGAUGACCCAAAAGCACAAGCUUUGCUCAAAGGCUUGGAGAAGAGCAGCGAGCAGCAACUGUGGAAACAGUGGGCCAGAAGACCUUCAGGGAGCCCCAGUCCCACCUCACUUCAUACAAAUCGUCUCUCCUCCAGCACUGGAGACAUUUUUUCAUCCUGUCGGAGCCAAAGCAUCACUGACCAACCUGUUGACAGUGCUGUCACCUCACCAUUCAAGAAAAAGAAAAGCAGGUCUCGAAGCAUCUUAAAACCACCCAGUCCGCUGGACGCAGGCAUAGUCAGCCAGGAGAUCCGAUCAUGGAUGGAGAAAGCAGAUCAGUGCUACCACAAGACAAGAGUGGAUGAAAGUCGCUUUUCUAUGAGCUCCGAGGAAGGAAUCUACAGCUUGUCAGCACUGGACUCAGAUGAGGAGGAGGCCUACAACUACAUCCUGGAUCUGAAUGAAGAGGUCUUCCAACCAUAUAAUCAGAAGAAAAGACAAGUACCAAGGGUUGAAGAGGAAACAGCGGAGGAAAUGUUCCUGAAUGGACACCAGACUGAAGAGUCAAAACAUCUGGAAGUAUGCGAGGCGAUAAAUGGCGGAGGAUGUAAACAUCAAGAAGGCUUACUUAAACAAAAUGUUGAAUCAGAGGUCAGGGCUAAGUCAGUGGUUGACUGGGAGAAAAAUGAAAGUAGUUCAAGAGCGAUGACAAACAAUAAAGCUGUGUUUGACAUGGAGCCAGAGGAAGAAAGCAGGAGCAGGGAAGAGGACAGAGUUGUUAGAGGACAGAUUAAUGAUGAUGGCAAUUAUUGCGAGGGAGAGAGGAAGCACAAGACAGAAAAUGCUAGAAUGGUGACACAAGGAUAUGAUCAAACAGAGGCUCUGGUAGAUGAAACUGAGAUAACAAAGCCUUUUGAAGUGGCUAGUUGUAAGAAAGAGCUUGAGGAAAAGAAAGAAAGAGGGCUUCUUGUAAAACAUGGACAUGAAGAAGAGACAACAUUAGAGGAAAGACGGGACAGAAAGUCAGGGGAAAAGUUAGAGAAAGAGGAAGAGGAUAGCUUGAAGGAUGAAGAGAGCGUUAGUGAGACUGUAUAUGAAGUCAGAGGGUCCAGUGAAACUAGAAUUAACACAGAAGAAGAAAAUGACAGGAAAGCCAAUGGUCCCAAAAUGGAAGAUUUAACUUGUAAAGAUGAAGACGAGGAAGAACACAGUGACAAAGUCAAGAAUUCAAUGGAUUUUAAGGCAGUUAUAACAGAAGAGGAGAAAGACAGAGAAUGUAAGAUUACAACAGCAUUAGACCGUCCAGAUAAAACCACCCCAAAAAAUGACACUAACGGAGGCGUUAACAUCCAUAGUGAUGACACCGGUUGGACUUCUGCCAGCAGUGAAACCUCCAAGUCAUCCAGCGAGGGAGGAUUCAUUUUUCAAUCUUUAGCAGCCCCUUGUGACAUAACCCCAUUAGAGCUGGAAACGCUCUUGGUCCUGUGGAUUCUGCUCUACUGCUUCCUCAUCCUACCUCAGAUGAACCUCUGAGUUCCCCUGCAGUACAACCUUCUUAUUAAGAUAUGCUUAUUAGCCCAGUUUCCACGAAUGAGCCAAACAGGGGGCACUUAGGGCCGGGUUGACUCUUUAUCUGUGUCACUAAAUUUCCCACAAGGCACCAUUUAAUGAUUAUGUUUGCUUUUUGCCGCCAGCAGGAAUAAUUUGUCAUUUAGCCUAUCGUUUCAGAUAAACAUAUAAUGCUGUUAUUCUCAUUAUUGCACAUUUUUUCAGGUUAGUGAGUUUUGAGGUUUUUUUACUGAAUGCAUGUCCAAAAUAAUCUGUUUAUUUGAUUUAUUUUUCUGGCAGAAAUUUUUUUUUUUUCCAAUUUUAGUGAACACUAUUGACCACAUGGUGGCAUCGCAGCAUCACAGCAGUAACUGUCUGGCAGACUUGUCUUCACAGUAUUCUGUUGACUGCUGUGAAUCCCAUAUGACCUGCUGUUUAAUUAGAAGCUGUAUUGACAUUGUGAGAUUAAGCUGAUGAUAUUUAAUGAGCACUUUGACAUUUCGUAGACUCGCACUGUGUCACUUGUGGCUUAGAAUGUCUAUUGUUACAUUGUUUUCAUCUCAGAUACUGGAUGAUAGUUAAAGCUUAUCAACAACGCAGGUUUUUUUCAUGACAUUUUGCGGACUAUGAAAUGUAAAUAAUA